AUACGGGUGGGGAAAACAAUGCAGUAAAACUGGGUAAGCAUAGCAACAGUCCGCCAAAAGUUCAGCGCGUUAACAGUGGUGCGGCGGGUUUGCAGUGGAGCUCCGUUAAACCACUACGGCUAGUGAGUGGUAAGAUGGCGCUUAAACGAAUCCAAAAGGAACUGACUGAUUUGGCCCGUGAUCCUCCAGCACAGUGUUCAGCAGGUCCAGUUGGGGACGAUGUAUUUCAUUGGCAGGCUACAAUCAUGGGUCCUAACGAGAGUCCCUAUCAGGGUGGUGUUUUCUUCCUGACUAUACACUUCCCAACAGACUACCCCUUCAAACCUCCAAAGGUUGCAUUCACCACGAGAAUCUACCACCCAAAUAUUAACAGCAAUGGCAGCAUCUGUCUGGAUAUCCUCAGGUCCCAGUGGUCUCCUGCACUUACAAUUUCUAAAGUUCUCUUGUCCAUCUGCUCACUCUUAUGUGAUCCAAACCCAGAUGAUCCUCUCGUACCAGAGAUUGCACGAAUCUACAAAACAGACACAGAAAAAUAUAACAGAAUAGCACGGGAAUGGACACAGAAAUAUGCCAUGUGAUGUUGGCAGGACAUAUUUACAAACUGUUCUUUAUGCUCUUGUGUUUGAUCACUGUCUUAACGCCAUUUCAUCACAUAUAUCUCGUAUGGAGAAAAAGUCUGCAGUUGUCUGCUCAAACAAGACUACAAGAAGACCUGCAGGAGUUGCCAUUUUUCAAAUAUCAUGUGGAACUCAUUCAUCAAGUGGAGUCUUUACUCUGCUCCCUGCUUCUUUGUCUUGUGGUCAAUACGACAGUUAUUUACUCUGAACUCUUGCCUCAUGCAAUCUUUGUAAGAGCACAGUGUUGGCCUACUCAGGCAGAGGACUGUAGGCUAUGCUACUGCUUCUUCCAGGCUGCACUGCAUGCCAACACAGAGUGAAGGCCACUUGUGGCGCAGUAUUGGGAUUAUCAGAUGCCUUUUUUUGGGUUUGCUCAUUCAGCAAAUCUGAGAUCAUUUCUUGGCCCAAGCUUUAACAUCUGUAGCAAUGAAAUGCACCUCUGUCAACUAGUUUAAAUGUCCUGCUUUUAAUUUUUCCCUUAAAUAAAGUUACAUAACUCA